UUUAUUAAGUUCGAUCUUAGUCCUAAACGUAACGUAAGCAGGAUUUGGCUGCGGAGACCCUGCAUCCCUGAUCCAUGUCGUGCUAAGCGCAAUAAUAAAUGCUCGCGCGCGCGCAACGGCAGAACCAGAUCCGGUUUUGACAAGCAAAUUUAUUUAUUUUCCUUUAAAGCGGCAUACGUGUUCUUUUUCUCUCUUUCCUCUUCAGUAUUGGACCAGAGAACGUGUGGGGUCGCACGUAGUAACCGCGAUAUUGCCCACGGACACCUGGUUCUCUUUCGAGUAAUCUCUGCGCGAUAUUGCGCUGCGCUACUGCUGACGAAGGGAAAGCACAGCGAGGGAGAGGGGAGGAGGAACCCUACUACCCUUGCGUGCGAGAUGGCAGCUCCGCUCGAGUCCGGGGAGGUGGUGAGGAGGGAGGGGGUGGCGGAGGCGGAGGAGGACAGGUGGGCGCGGCUGCUGCCGGAGUUGGUCGCGGAGGUCGUGCGGCGCGUGGAGGCGUCCGGCGGCGCCCGGUGGCCGGCGCGGAAGGACGUGGUGUCAUGCGCCUGUGUCUGCAGGCGGUGGCGCGACGCCGCCGCGACGGUCGUGCGGCCGCUGCCCGAGUCCGGGAAGAUCACGUUCCCGUCCUCGUUGAAGCAGCAAGGGCCAAAAGACUUCCCGAUCCAGUGCUUCAUCAAGCGAAACAAGAAUAACUCUAUGUUUUAUCUCUACCUUGGGUUGACAAACAAUCUGAUAGCUACCACGGAUAAAGGAAAGUUUCUCAUGGCAGCUAGAAGGUUUCGGCGGGGUGCCCACACAGAGUACAUUAUUUCCCUUGAUGCUGAUGAUCUAUCACAAGGAAGCAACGCAUAUGUGGGAAAAUUGAGGUCUGACUUUUGGGGAACAAACUUCAAAAUAUAUGACAGCCAGCAACCAUAUGAUGGUGCAAAGGCGUCAAGCACUCGAUCUAUUCGGCGUUUUGGAAGCAGGCGAAUCAGGCCCCAAGUAUCAUCAGGCAACUUUGAUGUUGGACAGGUUUCAUACAAAUACAACCUGCUCAAAUCCAGAGGGCCUAGGAGGAUGUUUUGCACCAUGGAGUGCCCCUCAGUUCAGGGGACCUGGGAGAACUCCUUCAAGGUGAAGUCUCUAAGGCGGAUGGGUACCACUGUCCUUAGAAACAAAGCUCCACAGUGGCACGAGCACUUGCAAUGUUGGUGCUUGAACUUCCAUGGGCGGGUGACAGUUGCAUCUGUCAAAAAUUUCCAGUUGGAGGCUACAGCCGAUCCAAGCCAUCCUGAUAGCAUCGGGGAUGAGGAAACCAUUCUUCUGCAGUUUGGUAAGGUUGAUAGCAAUAUCUUCACGAUGGAUUAUCGCCAGCCGCUUUCAGCAUUUCAGGCGUUCGCCAUCUGCCUUAGCAGCUUUGGCACAAAGCUAGCUUGUGAGUAACAAUCUUGUUCAGAAGUUCUUCAUGUCACAAUAUGGUUGCGUACCGCAGCAGUUGAUUUGCUGAUGCUCUUCUUCGUGCUGUUACCGUGGCUUUCUCAGUUAGCCACUUUUCUUCCGGUUUGGAUCAAGGUACAAUUUCUGUCCUGUACAAGAAUUACACAUGUUAAUUGUGUUGUUGAUUCUGAGACGGAAUAUAUGCAGGCUUAGCUUGUGCUGGGAAUUGAAACAAAAAAAAGAGCCUCUUGUAUAUGCCCUUGAAUUGAUGAGCAACUACUUCCCCUUUUCUCGGAGAGCCACCAUGUUAUAUAUAUUGCUGUAAACCAGAAUAUACUAUUUGAGUGUGGUGAUUGGUUAUACAAAUACAGUCAAUUUGUGUCUGCUGUAGUCCCUGCAGAGAAAGGAUGAUUAGUGAUCCAGAUCCAAAUAACAGAUGAACUCACAGUAGUGACGGAAUAUAAUGAAGUAUCGAGCCCUCCAAAACGAGGUGAAAAUUCCAAAGUUCAGCCAUGGUGCUCGCCUGCUGUGUAGCAGACGAAGUCACCUCUUUCGGCAAAAAUAUGAAUUUGUACAAUAUAUAUGAACGUAUUUAUUAAAAUAGAUAACAUAUUGCUGUAUUCACGAUUCUAGCAUCUGUAUUCGGCAUAUGGUGCGCCGAAAAUGAUUUUUUCGGUAUACGGUGUGUCGAAAAUCACCUGUAUAUAUUCGGCACACGAUAUGCCGAAAUACCUGUUUCCUGACUGUUUUUUUGUGCGUGUUGUUAUUUUAUGUAAUUGGCAAAUAUGGUUGUGGUUGGC